AGAAGCGAGAUUCAUCCUUUGAUUCACAAAUAAAACGUCUGAUCAGAGAAGAGUUUCGUCUGCUGCAAAACAGCUUCUGUGCUAAAAACGAAACGCUUUGCCGCUCAGGACCGAAAGGUAAUGCAGGAAAACGGGGAAGACCUGGAACCCGUGGGAGACGAGGUCCCCCAGGGAAACCUGGGUCAGAAGGACCACCAGGACCUGUAGGUAUAAAGGGGGAUUUCGGAGUACCUGGGGACCCUGGUCCCAUGGGUCCCCAAGGACCAGCAGGACCCGCAGGUGUAAAAGGGGAUCUCGGCGUACCGGGGGACCCUGGUCCCAAGGGUCCCCAAGGACUAACAGGACCCGUAGGUGUAAAAGGCGAUCUCGGAGUACCGGGGAGUCCGGGUCCCACGGGUCCCCGAGGACCAGCUGGACCCGUAGGUGUAAAAGGCGAUCUCGGAGUACCAGGAAAUCCUGGUCCCAUGGGUCCCCAAGGACCAACAGGACCCUUAGGUAUAAAAGGUGAUCUCGGAAUACCGGGGGUUCCUGGGUCCAUGGGUCCUAGAGGCCCACCAGGUCAAAAGGGAGCCAAGGGUGAGCCAGGCCAGUCCAUCACGGCUCCUUCUCUACUGCAGAGUCCUCUUCAAACAACUAUCAAUCAAAGUCAGACGGCCGUCUUGAAAUGUUCAGCAGAUGGUUACCCAACUCCGCUAGUCACAUGGUCUAAGAUGAAUUCGCAGCUACCUGUGGGACGCCACGUGGUAGAGGCCAGUGGUGCUCUGAUUUUGAAGGACGUACGGCCCGGGGAUGACGGAGUCUAUAGCUGCAAAGCUAAAAAUCUACUGGGAAGUGUGGACGCUUCAGCGAAACUCACUGUACAGUGUAAGUACACUAUAACUGGUCAUAAUAUUCUGAAACGAAUAGAAUUACAAUUUCAUAUAUCGGCAAUUCUAACACUCCUAAGUUAGACUGUCAAUUAAACAAGCUUUAUUCUCUUUUUUUGUACCAGUUGGUCCGCAACUUUCAUUGUCAUCCAAUCGAGUGAGGGCUGAAGAGAAUCAAAAAGUAACCAUCUCCUGCACUGUUACUGGUCAGCCACCGCCUAAGAUCACGUGGUCCAAGGCAGGUGGAAGUGUACCUGUAGGCAGAAUCCAUGUGCAAGAUGGAACCCUAAAAAUCUUCAAAGUCACAAGAAAAGAUGGUGGAAUAUACAUUUGUAAAGCAGAGAAUAUUCUGGGUUCGGUGAUAGACACUGCUCAGCUUAUUGUAUACUCUCCUUUGCGGUUCACAGUCCUUCCUCCACAACAAGUGACUCCUUACUAUGGUUUAACUCUCCGUCUGCCGUGUGUGGUCGACAGUGAGCUGAGUACUACUAUUUCUUGGUUAAAGAAUGGCGUCAGUGUACUUCCGGCAAACACACAUGUUCUUCAAAGCGGCACUCUAGUUAUUGAGAACAUCAAGAAGUCCAAUGAAGGUUCUUACACUUGUCGAGCGAGUAAUGCCCUGGCAACAAUAGAAGCUAAAGUUAAAAUCAAUUCUCCUGUCAUGGCUACUUCCUGUUCUGUGAUUAAAAAAUACGCUAGCAGUAUAAGCGGAAAUUACGUCGUUGAUCCUGAUGGCGAGGGAGGUUUGGCGCCGUUCACGGUCUUCUGUGACAUGACUGACAAAAGUGGAGUUGGCGUGACUGUCAUUAGCCACGACAGUGAAACUAGAACACAUGUCCAUGGAUGUGAAAAGGUGGGGUGUUACUCACGUGACAUCCAUUACACAGGAGCGAGUUUGUCUCACCUGGCGAGUCUGACCAGAGUCUCUUCACACUGUGAGCAGUUUGUCAAGUACGAGUGUUAUGAUUCAAUAAUAUUCAGGAACGAAGGAUUUGCCUGGUGGGUGUCACGUGAUUCUGCAAAGAUGACAUACUGGGGUGGAGCGUCACCUGGCAGUGGUAAGUGCGCAUGCGGGAUGACCAACUCAUGUGCAGACUCCAGUAAGGUUUGUAACUGUGAUAAGAAUGACAAGGUAUGGCGCGAGGACAGCGGUCUUCUCACUGAUAAAACAAAGCUUCCAGUAAAACAGCUCAGGUUUGGUGAUACUGGCGAUAGCAACGAACAGGGUUACCACACCCUGGGCAAACUGAAGUGCUUUGGCAUUGCAUGA